AUGGAUGUCGAGCACAAUGCACUUUGUGAUGCGGAUGUGCUUAUAGUAGGAGAAGGACCCGAUAACGAUGUAAUCCAUCGGUAUUGCAAUCGUGAACGGCGCUACGGUAAUGAGACUGAAGAUGAAUUCUUGAAAGAAAGAUUUAAGGUUAUAAAAUCCAAAUCUCGCUACCUGACUCUUACCUGGACCACAGACUCCAGUUUUGAAUUUCGUGGUUGGCGCAUCGACUACGAAUUCAUCCCAGAAGGAUCA